UUAGAGAAACUCUACAACUCAAAUGGACGAGAGCUGAGGAGAGCCCUGUUUUCCCUCAAGCAGAUCUUUCAGGAUGACAAGGACCUGGUCCAUGAGUUUGUGGUGUCUGAAGGACUGACAUGUCUAAUCAAGGUCGGGGCUGAAGCAGACCAGAACUACCAGAAUUACAUCCUCAGGGCUCUGGGACAGAUCAUGCUGUAUGUGGAUGGAAUGAACGGCCUCAUAAGUCACAACGAAACCGUCCAAUGGCUUUACACACUCGUUGGAUCCAAGUUCCGUCUGGUAGUGAAGACAGCUCUGAAACUGUUACUGGUGUUUGUGGAGUACACUGAACCCAACACUGCCCUGCUCAUCCAUGCUGUCAACACCGUGGACACCAAGAGAGGCUGUAAGCUGUGGUCCAAUGCCAUGGAGAUUCUGGAGGAGAAGGAUGGGGUGGACACAGAGCUGCUGGUGUAUGCCAUGACCCUCAUCAACAAGACUCUAGCGGGCCUGCCUGACCAGGACUCAUUCUAUGACGUGGUGGACUGUUUGGAGGAGCAGGGCAUGGAGGCCAUGUCUCAGAGACACCGUAGCAGGAAGGGAACAGACCUGGACCUCAUGGAGCAGUUUAACAUUUACGAGACUGCUCUGCGCCACGAGGACGGGGACGACGAGAGCCAGCCGCCUACCGUGGGUCGGAAGAACCGGCGGCGUGCCAGCGUGGGGGGCACCAACGACCGGCGAGGCCUGGAGAGGAGACGCAGCCGGAGACACUCCCUCCAGAAUGGGAGAGGCCUCACCUCGGCCCCCGCUUCUCCCAGCAGCCCUCACUCUCACGGGGGACACAACGGUAGCUUUCUGCCCUUCGGAGGUCAGGGCAUCGACGACGUUAGCGAAAGAAACACUGGCUCUAACCCCCAGGAUGUCUCUCCCAGUCCCAGAUCUACUUCCCUGGUCAUAGCUCUGGGCUGGGGGAGACUGCCAGGCACUGCCCACCCUCUGGGCCAACAGCACAGCACCUCUGUACCCUCCUCUUCCUCCCUCUCCUGCUCCUCCUCCCCCUCGAGGGGACGUAGUCAGUCCUACCUCCAACCGCCCAAGCCCCUCCCCCACCCCCUCCCACUCCCCCCUGACGUGGACCUGAGCCAGGUGUCUGCCUCUGCUGGGGCCGAGGAGUGUGUUGAGAGGGGCGUGGCCAGACAACAGCGCUACAGCCGACACAUAGGCCACGUCAUGGCGCUCCCUGGCAGGUCCCAGGGUGUAGCCAGCGCCCCCACCACCCCUGUACACCGCUCCCAGGGUGUUGCCAGCGCCCCCACCACCCCUGUACACCGCACCUUUGCCACCUCAGGGGCCCCACAGCUGGACUCCAAGCCUGACAGACCUUCUCUGGGGAGCUUGUUGUCCUCCUCCUACAGACAACACCAGGAGUCUCUGACUGCAGAGAGAGAGAGGAGGAGACAAGAGAGGGAGGAACGACUGCAGAAAAUCGAGAGGGAGGAGAGGACCCGCUUCAAAUAUAAGUGUGUUGAGAGGCUCGCAGCAGAGGAGUAUGAGAAAGAGAGAGAGCGCGCGAGAGCGCCACCUAGGGGGCGCACAGAGAUCACCCUGAGUCUGAGCCCCACCCCCUCCAGUCGCUCCGCCUCCCCCCGCUGUGCCACGCCCUCCUCCAUCGCCUCUCCGGAAGACGCUGGCCCCAUUCCAUCCCAGACAUCCCAGACGCAGGGAAGUGAAGUAGACGUAGAGCCAAGCCGUGACCUUCAGACUAGAACUACAAGUCCAGCGCCAGAGUUAAUAGUAUCAGGACCUUCUCCAGAACCCACAGAGCCCCCCUCCCAAACCCCCUCGGCGCCAGGCGAGGAGCAGGCAGAGACAGAGACGCAGACAGAGAAGCAGGAAGUAGCUGAAGUUGAGCCCAAGCAGGAAGUACUAGAGCUAGUGGAGUCAGCGGUAGAUGAACAGACACAGGGUAAAGAGCAGGAAGAAAGGGAGGAGGAGGAGGUGGAGGAGGAGGGAAAGAGGGAGCAGGCUGCGUCGGAGGAGAGGGAGGUGGAGGAGAGACUGGUCCUCCUCAGUGAGAAGGAGAGGCAGAACGAGGAAGUGAAUGAGAAGGACAACUGUUCUGCCUCCAGUAUCUCCUCAGCCAGUAGCACUCUGGAGAGAGAGGAGAGGGAGGAGAAAGUCAACAGCAACCAUGAACCAGGUACCAGCUGCCCACCAUGCAUUAAGGAGGAAGACGUGAAUGGGCAGUGCAGCAAGAUCCUCAACAGCAAGCGCUUCAUGCUGGACAUGCUCUAUGCCCAGAACAAGACCACUGCCGACGAGGACGAAGAGAAGGCGGGAGAGACGGAACAGACUGAGAAAUGCAAAGAGGGGAUGGAGACGUCAUCACUGGAGGGUCAGGACGGGUCGUCGGUGGCCAGCCUAGCCAGUCGUAUCUCUACACUUGAGGCCAGCAGGCAGGCCUGCGAGGAGAAUGUCAAGAAGAUGGAGGUGCAACACCUGGAGAACCAGGGGAGCGUCAGGGCCGUGGCCGAGAAAUUUGGAGACCUUCAGCAGGGGCAGCUUCAACCUGAUAAAGACAAAGCUCCUCCGGCCCCGUCCUCCUCUCCCCUACCUCCGAAGAAGGAGUCAGAUUAUAUCUGGGACCAACUGAUGGCAGCCCCCAGGGAGCUGCGUAUUAAAGAGAUGGACUUUACAGACCUGGCAGACGAGGAUGAUCUGGACAUCCUAGACGUGGACAGUGUGCUGAUGGGCUCCAGUGACCUGAUGAUCCCUCCCCCUCCUCCCUGUCUCUCCGCCCUGCCCCCUCCCCCUCCCCUGGGCCUGUUUGGCUGCCCCCCACCCCCUCCUGUCCCUGGCAUGAUGCCCCCUCCCCCGCCCUUCAUGCCCCCCGGACCCGCCCAGCCCUACCCGGGGUCCCCCCAGCUGAGCCGGGGGACAGGGGAGCCCCCUCUGUUCCAGAAAAAGAAGAAGACUAUCCGUCUCUUCUGGAACGAGGUAAGGCCCAUGGACGGCCAGUACAGGAACCACAAGCGUUGUAGAGAGUCUCUCUGGUCCAAACUGGAGCCGGUCAAAGUGGACACGUCCAAGCUGGAACACCUGUUUGAAACAAAGUCCAAGGAGCUGCCUGUUACCAAGAAAACAGCAGUGGAUGGGAAACGACAAGAGAUUAUUGUCCUGGACUCCAAACGGAGCAAUGCCAUCAACAUCGGGCUGACCGUCCUCCCCCCUCCCCGCACCAUCAAGACAGCCAUCCUCAACUUUGACGAGUACGCUUUGAACAAGGAGGGGAUCGAGAAAAUCCUGACGAUGAUCCCCACGGAGGAGGAGAAGCAGAGGAUCCAGGAUGCUCAGCUGGUGAACCCUGACGUCCCCCUGGGAUCAGCAGAGCAGUUCCUCCUCACCCUGUCCUCCAUCACGGAGCUGUCCGCCCGGCUGCAGCUCUGGGCCUUCAAGAUGGACUACGAGGUCACGGAGAAGGAAGUGGCAGAGCCUCUGCAGGACCUUAAGGAAGGGAUGGACCAACUGGAGAAGAACAAGACGCUGCGUUACAUCCUGUCCACGCUGCUGGCUAUAGGCAACUUCCUUAACGGAUCCAACGCGAAGGGCUUUGAGCUGGGUUACCUGGAGAAGGUUCCGGAGGUAAAGGACACGGUUCAUAAGCAGUCUCUACUGCACCAUGCCUGUUCCAUUGUGGUGGAGAAGUUUCCAGACAGCUCAGACCUGUACUCUGAGAUAGGAGCCAUCACCCGCUCGGCUAAGGUGGACUUCGACCAGCUCCAAGACAACCUGAGCCAGAUGGAGCGACGCUGCAAAGCAUCGUGGGACAACCUCAAGGUCAUCGCCAAGCACGAGAUGAAGCCUGCGCUCAAACAGAAGAUGUCUGACUUCCUAAAGGACUGUGCAGAGAGAAUCAUCAUAUUGAAGAUAGUCCAUCGGAGAAUUAUCAACCGGUUCCAUGCCUUCCUGUUGUUCCUGGGCCAUCCAGCAUACGCUGUGCGGGAGGUCAGCAUCCACCGCUUCAGUAAGAUCCUCAGUGAGUUUGCCCUGGAGUACCGGACCACGCGGGAACGCGUCCUGCAACAGAAACAGAAGAGGGCCAACCACAGAGAGAGGAACAAGACCAGAGGAAAGAUGAUCACAGAUAGUGAGGAUGAAGAGGAUGGUGAGGAUGGAAAGUUUGGCGGUAGCGCCCCGGGGCCUGUAAGCCAGGAGGGCGUGCUGACGCAGGGUCUGCAGUACGCAGAGGAUGCAGCGGAGCAUGAGAACAUGAAGGCAGUGCUGAAGAGCAGUUUGCAGGGCUGCAGUGACAGUGGAGCGUCCACCGUGCCAGGCCUACGUACACGCACCAGAGCCAGCAGACCAGGCCGUGUGGGUCCUUGGGGCUCAUCAGUGAUUGAAGACCCACCUAAUUGCACAGACGCUGCAGAUGAGAUCAUGGAGCGCAUCGUCAGGUCAGCCACUCAGGGGCCCAGGACACGGACAGAGCCUCGCGAGAGGAAGAGGUCCAGAGCCAACCGCAAGUCACUGAGAAGAACACUGAAAAGCGGUCUGACGCCAGAGGAGGCCAAUGCCUUGGGGUUGUCCAGUGGUUCAGAGAUGGCUGUGUGACAGGAAGAGAAGUAGAGCUGGAUCCGGCAGCACAGCACACACAGACACCUGGGAAACCCUCUUACCGCCCUUCACUGACCCCUGACCUCUAACCCCUGCUCAUCCAGCCAGCCCGUCAACCGCUGCACCAUAGCUUAGCUUGGUAUUUCCCCUGGUUCAGCUUUAUGAUGACUGUAGCUCACCUUUCUGUCUGUGGUUUGUGCAGGUAGCUGUGACACAGUGUGUCACCUGGUUAAGAUGGUAAACAAUGUUCAGGAAGAGACCAUGAGGAAUAUGGUCCUCACCCAGGAUAAUAGAUGGUUUUCAGUGGAACAAAGUGGUAUUGGUAUAGGGGCAGGUGAAGGGGUUCAGUGAUCCAGCUGACCCAGCUCCACACACACACACUCAGGUAAAGUUCAGCAUCCAAACCACUACACUAUGCUGCUGUGCCGACUUGAGUGUUUCUUAAUCGUGUUGUUCCAAUCAGUUGUUUCUCCUAACCUUUGAAUAUGAGGCUGAGGCCUUUGAGGAACAGCUCCCAUCCCAACUGUAAGUCUUAAUCACUUGAUGAAGCCUCUCAGUUGUAUUUCCUUGAUUCCUCGUGUCUUCUAUCCUCACCUGUCUAUACAAGGCAUUGGAGGACUAGAUCUGAGGUUCCUCCUCCCUAACCUUUUCCUCAAUUGAGAUUCACCCUAUGACUGAACGAUACAAACUGAGACUAACCUACACAGAAGACCUUUAGCCUCAGGACUUCUAAAGGGAGGGACAUGCGAGUGCUUGAAUCACUGUGGACUUGUGUCUGAACCAAAAAGGCCUCGGAGUUGAAUAGUAAAGAAGUUAGCAUUGACGCUAAAGAAGUUAGCAUUGAUGUUAAAGACGUUAGCAUUGAUGUUAAAGACAUUAGCAUUGAUGCUAUCUAUCCCCACUUAUGAUGAGCAUGUGUGUUGGGCUUGGUGUCAGACAGUAUUUUUAGUUCGAACAAUUUUUGUCUAUAUAAAAAAAUGGCUGUGUCCACAGGCUGAUUUGUUCUACUAUACUACUGUGGUAGUUUUUUUGGUUUUAAAAUACUUUAAUACGUGAGAAAAAGGUGCUCAGAGAAGGAAUAUUUGCACUGGAUGUAGAAGUUGGAUAUUUAGAGGAAAGGAAGGUGAAAUCCUUGACACACACUGAUGUACCAAUUAGAUAUCAGAUGAAUUAAAGAAUUCACCAGAUAGAACCAGUAAUGAGACAGUAGCACAACUGAUUAUACGCUCUAAUUUUGGAGGAAAAGUGAACAGAUUCCUUUGACUUUUGCAAACUAAAAUGUUUCCAAUUUUGCAUGUUGUUGAUUCAGUUGGAUUUGAUACAGAUGGAACAAAGUGGAAUUCCAAGAGGACACACCAUGAUGUGUUAAGAGGGAAGGUAUAAUUUACUACAUACAAUUGAAUUACUGGAUUCCACUUUUAAAAAACACAUAGCAUAUCAGAGUCAUCAACUUUGGUGAGAACAGUCUGUGAGCUGACAAGUGUACAGAAGGGACGAUGCUACUGGGUCCAGACAGACUGACGUCUGUCAAUCACGCGAAGCGAAUGUUCCAGCUUUAACCUAUAGGCCUACCUACAACAUACAUGUUCCAGCUUUAACCUAUAGGCCUGCCUAGUACCUACAAUUGCACACGUGUUGCAUGCAUGACACCAGUGUUACGCAAGCUCCUGCUGUUCGCUGCAAAGCCUUUCUUCUAUGGUUGAGACACACUUAUUGUGGAGUGUUAGAACUGACUGGGAGAUAUAUUUACACUAGUUACACGUACGUACUCUCUCUCUACUCUCUGUGUCAAAGAGUUAGGCAACAUUUAAGAUUUUGUUUUCAAGUAAGAGAUGAAUAAUAGGUUAUUAUAGAAAAACGAUAUGAGCUUCAACUGAAUGAGUGCCUUUUAUAGACAAGUCUAUUUAUUCAGUCAUGUUCAGGGAGAUAUUUGUUACAGAAAAUGUUACUGUGUGUAAUGAAAGGACUUCCUCCUUAGGUCAAUUCAACAGCUGUGACUUCCUGUUUUCAUUCUUUCCUAGAUGAAUACAUUUCAGUACUAUGUUCCAUGGCUUUAUGUCUUGGAAACAGUUCUCCUCUUCCUUUUGAGCAUUGCGGUUUUAUUUUGAAUCACAACUAAACUAGGGUUAUAGCUGAUUGUCUAACGACAAUAUUUCCAUUUUAGCAGUUUUGUCACAAAAAAUGUUCUACAAAAAGAUAUUAGUUGUUUCCAUUUGCCUUAAUGUAGAAUUAGGGCAUAUAGUAUAUCUGAACUUUCCUACACUGUUGACUUUUAUUGAGGUGUAGUGGUUACAGUCAGCUAGCUAGCUAGUUUUUUAAAGUGCAUAAUUCCAGUUUACAUUUGGAAUUGUGUAGAGAGUUGUAUGAUGAUUCUACACAGUCACAAACAUUCACUGUGAUGGAAACAGCCAUUGUCGACUAAACAUGAAAGAAUAUAUGCUUGCAGCAACACAAGCCACAACAUAACAGUCACACACCUAUAUGUCUUUCUCAUGGAGAACUUACAAUUUGGUAUGAAACUAUCCAGCACCUUAUACACCAUUUGUAGCAUGCAUCUUUUACUGAGGACAACCAGAACAUUAACAGUGACAAAGUAUAUUCUUUCAGCCUUUUUCUCAGAUGGUCAUUUUGAGUAUUGUAACUCUGAGUACAUGUAAAGUAAUAAUGGGGGAAGAAUGCUGUAAAAUUAUGUAAAAGUCACAACGAUGUGUUUUAUGUCUUUCAAUUGUUGGUAUUUUGUAUAGAAUAGUGUAUUAUAGGUUAAACAAAGCAGUGUUAUUCUAUGGAAAUUGUAAUUUAAGUGAAAACCAAACCAUGCAUGGUUUAAAAAAAAUGUCUACAGAUGUGGCGUGUUAUGGAUAAAGGGAGAUUGAUUUGAUUUGAAUGCUCAGAGGCUUAGCAUUUGUUAUGUUUGAUUGUUUUUCCUCUGCACAUGACUUGAAACACAUUAGGAUAGACGGAGAGGUCGAUGUAACCAGCUAGGGCUGGAUUCAAUCUGUAUCGCUGAAGUUCAGCGUUUUAGCGUGAUUGAAAAUGUUCCUGCAUUAGCAUAGACUGCAUUCAUGGUAAACACUGCAUAUGUCGGCUCAAUCUGAAAUGACGCAAUCUGUAACGCUUCAGCCCCUAGUACUCCUAUGGAACCUUCAGCAGCCUUUCAUUACAUUGCACUCAAUAAAACAUGGUUUGUGUCCCAAAUGGCACCCCA